AGCUAAUCAAACAGUCGUUAAGUGUUUCAAAAUGAGUGACAAUGAGAGCCAAGAAGUGGUGGAUUCAGAGCAAAGACCGUACGAACACCUCAUCACCGAUACCACCGAUUUGGCCGCUUUUGUCAACCAAUUGACUUUAAAUGAAACCAAUAUUAAGACAAAUGCAUCGAAUUUGAGAACUGGUUUAGUAUACUCUGAAGAGAUGUCAGAACAUCGAUGUCUUUGGGACGACAACUAUGAGGAAAAUCCAAAACGAUUUACACAAACUUUGAAGCGUUUUAAAGAACUGGAACUAAUAGAUCGAUGUCUUGCCCUAACUGUUGGUUGA